AUGGGAGGAGGCGUGAUGCGCACGGCGGCGAAGGUCGGGAUCGCGGGCGGGGCGGCGGGAAGGUUCCGCCACGCGGCGCCGGCGUUCGCCACGGCGGCCGCCUCCGCCGAGGCCGGCGCGGCCGUGGCGGCGCAGCCGCUGGUGUCCGCCGCCGCGGGCGGCGAGGUCCCCGCGGUGGCUGCCCCGGGGGUGCAGUGGGCGUCGGCGUCGUGGGAGAUGGACGACUGGGAGUUCGCGGACUGGAGGGACGUGGGCGCCGCGGAGCCCGAGGUGACGGCGGCCGGGAAGCCGAGGCUGGUGUUCGCGCCGCCGUCGCGGGAGGAGGCCGAGGUGGCCACAACCGAGCUUAGGGACGCCAUAGACAGGGUUUAUUUCAACGAGGCUCCCGUAGAAGUUGUGAAAGAACAGGAUAAAGAUCUUAGCAAGCUGGGAGCUGAUGCAAUAAUUCCUGCUAUGCCAGGACAUGUAGUGCAAGCUUUUACCUUGCUGAAAUCAAGCCCCGAAGCUCAGGGAGUCGUUGCAUCCCUUGCAUCAGAUAAAAAUGUUUGGGAAGCAGUUCUAAAAAAUGAGAAGGUCAUGGAAUUUUACAAGACCCACCAGCAAAGUCUGGUUUAUACUUUCCCCGAGGAUACUGCCACAGUAGAGUCACCAGAGAAACUUGUAGACGCCGCCUCGGAGAAUGUACACCUUGGGGAGAAGCCUACAGGCUUCCCUUUUGCUGACUUUGUGGAUAAUGCAAAGAAGACAGUGAUUGAUAUUGUCGACAAUAUAACCCACUUCUUCCAAGAUAUGUUCCGCAAACCUGAUGAAAACCAGGCAUCAACUGGAAAGGGCGGCUCACACUCUUUCGCCGAGAUGGCUGCUGGUGGAUCAUUCGUUGCUCUGGCCAUAGGGGUCAUCCUAGUUAUUCUGUUCAAGAGGUCGUGAGCUUUUUUGCUCGACCCCCCUGGGAAUGAUUGUGCUUUAAAUCCGUCGAAAAUAACUUGUAUCGUGUUGUUAACUCCUACUAUUACUGCAUGUAAUAUAUAUAUAUAGUUUGUCCUGUGUGUCCUUGAAGCUUUAUUUGAGGACAGCACCAAGACAAUGCGUUAUAGUAUGUAACUCGUGUUAAUGCC